AUUUAUUGUUCACUAUUCAUUAUCAUUCACAUAAUAUAUAACCAUUCUGGUUUCAACUGUUGUGGAGCAAUGUAUACAGUACGAGUUCACAUCAUUUUUCUGCUACUUUUUAUAGGGAGUGAACGGUCUUCAGCCUCCGCUGCUGUUUCUCCAUUGGAGACCAGAAUUGAAGAAUUACCUGAAGAAUUGAAAGAGCAUGAAGUUUCUCACACAAUAAUUGAUGACAAAGGAAAAGGCCUCACGCAAUACUUGGAUUGCCCAGCUGAGUCAGGCUACAUUCAGGAGCAAAUUUCUCUGAUCACAAAAAUGCUAAGUGAUGGCAAAAAAGUUGCACAGGAGCAGAAGAAUUUGUCAGCAGCUGAUGAAACCAUACUGGUGCUGGGCAAAGCUGGCAGUGGCAAAACCAGUGUGGUUCAAUUUCUGACCGGGAAUCCCAAACUGCAGUCAAAAAAGGUGAGGUCAGACACCGGCGAAUACAUUAUUGAAGAUGGAGAGAGAAUUGGAACAUCGGCAACUGAGUCUUUCACACUCUAUCCUGAACUUGUCAACUAUAAUCCAACCAUAUCGUUUUGUGAUUCACCAGGUUUCCAUGACUCCAGGAGCUCAGCACAUGAAAUUGUCUCGAUGGACGUCAUGAAGUCGGUGACCAGCAAAUUCAAGAAGGUCAAGAUUCUACUCCUUGAAAAACAUGCAUCUCUACAGUAUGGAGUAUCCAAGGACAAUUUCAUUGACACUCUUAGACAUUUCAAUGAUUUCUUAGUGGAUAUUGAGAGAUAUAAAGAUCACAUUGUUCUUAUUGCAACUAAAAUACCUUUCGUUUACAAAAUGGCAGGUGAUGAUGAUGGUGCAAUACCUGAAUUGAUAACAGAAGAAAUGCAAAUUGAGAGCAUCAUGGAUUACUUGAAUCACACUGAAACAUCUCUAGCUGGAAAGUUGAACCAGAAAAUUGGAAAAAGUAAGCGUGAUUUCUAUCAGAAAGUGAUAAAGCUGCUACAAAGUCUUCAAACCCGAGAUGAGAAUGGAAAAGCAUCUAGAAUCGGUGUCUUUCGUCGUCCAUACAAAGCUGGGCCCCUUAUGAACAUGCCAUUGCUUGACAAGAACAAGGAAUCCCUCACAAAAACUAUCAUGAACUUGGAUGCUGUUGAGGUGAACAACAAUGACUUCGACUUCACACUAUCCAAUGAAGCAAAAGUUUACUUGGAUUGCCUUUUGAAACUGACAAGUGACAACUUCAAACAGCAAAUCAAUGAACUGUCUUUCAAACUGAAUAAAUUACUAACCAGAAAGAUUCACAACUACACAAGUUUUCAUCGGGUGUUGUCAGACUUGGAAUCAUUUUCCAAUUCUUUAAGACAUUUAUCACAAAACCUUGAUGAGACAAAAAACUACAAUGAUUUCCUUGAGAAGAUUAAUGGUUUCAUUUCUGAACAGAACAUAUCAUCACCAAUUAACUACAACGAACAGAUAAAUGUACUUGAUAAAUAUGAGGAAAUGCUGAUGAAAUUCAUUGAUACAGACUUGAUGUUCAGCUCAUCAUCAUGGACACUCCCCAUUAAACAAGUGAGAGAAUCUACAGAGGAUGAACUGCAAUGGUACAGAUCACUCAACACCUUCAUCAGCGGACUGGGAAGCCACAAUAUGCAGAAAAAGAAGACGAAUAUACAUUCGAUGAUUUUCCGUGAGGGUUUUAUAGCGACAAAUGAAUUGAUGGAUCUAUUUGUAAACAUUACUGGGGAAGGAAAUUUGAAACAAUUUGUUGCUGCACAAGGUAACAAUAAAAAAAGGGCAGAGCUUGAAAGUAUCACAAACACCUUACUGAACCCAAGUAAUAUUUCAUGUGAUGGGAAUGGGAGAUUAGUAGUUAAAGGUUUUCAAAUUUCUUUUGCAGAGAUAAAUUCUGAAGAUCUAGUUCAAUCUCACUGCAACAACAUCACUGUGAAAGAAGUUGCACUUCUAGCUGUUGAUACAGUAUACCUGGAUGAGGACACUGCAGAUUCUUUUAAAGGAAUUAAUGUGUUUGUAGCAGCCCCGAAAUGGGAAGUGAUUGGACAAAGGAGGUUAGUGCUCAGUGGUCAGACUGGAUCACAACAUUCUGGUGAUAAACUUUAUGUGGACAAAAGCAAACAUGGAAGACCAGGACAGCCAGGGGGGAAUGGAGGAAACUUUUUUGGAAUUGGCUUGCAGUUUGUGAAUGGUGAAAGUCUGCUGAUUGAGUUGAAUGGUGGCAAAGGGGGGCCGGGGGCAGAUGGUUUAAAAGGAGAAAGAGGUCUUGCUGGGAGAGAUGCACAAGAAAAAUUGAAAUUGGGACUCUACAAUACUAUUUAUACAUUUGAUGGAGGAGUGGAGACUGAUGAUAUCAAUACAAGUUUAUCUUCCGAUUCUGUAUCUACUAUUUUCAGAUUAUACACUUUGUGUCACUUUGGUAGUUGUACUUAUAUUGAUGCAUCAGUUAAGGUAGUUACUGAAGAUGGUGAUUGUGGAGGUGGAGGAGGAGCGGGAGGUUUUGGAGGAGAAUCUGGAUUGGGAGGUCUACCAGGAGAUCUACAGCUGAUUGAAUUGGGUGACCCAUCACAAAUUACAUGGCGAAAUCAAAAUGGCAGCUUGGGUGUUCGAGGAAAAAGAGGAGAAACUGGAGAUCGUGGAAUGGAUGGCAUUGGAAUGAUUUGUGUACAAGUGAAAAAAUCCACUACAUCAUUGUCAUUCUGGAAAUGUGUGUCAACUAACACUACAUCACCAGCAUGCAACACUUGCCAUGAACUGAAGGGAGCUGGUGGACACCAGUACACAACAACAGGAAUUGAACAGCCAGCCCCCAAGAAGACUCCCGAUUUCACUUACAACCUUCUCGACUACACAGUUUUGCUGGAAACACACUACAAUCACACCAUUCUCAAUAAGAUAAUAACUGACUUUCGAGAAGCCAUUGAAAGAAAAUUCUCUUACACUUUGAAUGACUUGGGAUUGUUGUUCUUCAAAGAAGACAUAAAGAGAAAGUCUUGAAUCAUAUUGAUGACGUUUAAACAUGAUAAAUGAAUAUACCAUAAUUUUCACCCAUGAACUUGAUAAUCAUGAAUGAAACAAUAUGUUAGGUGUGUAAAUAAAUGUGUAUUCAAUGGAUAAAAUU